AUGGAAGGGGGAAACUGUGGAUAUUCUCGUGAGUAUUUUGAUCGCUUUGUCCAAAGCCAAGACUCAUCUGUCGUGAAUAAGUUUCAGCAGAAGUAUUGGAAAACAAAACAGACACUCAUCAAAGUCACAGGGAAGAAAGAGGAUGAACAUGUUGUGGCGUCAGAUGCAGACCUGGAUGCUAAACUUGAGCUCUUCCACUCAAUUCAGAGAACAUGCAUGGAGCUGCUUAAAGUGAUUGAACAGUAUCAGAGAAGGAUUUGCUUGUUGUCCCAGGAGGAAAAUGAGUUGGGACGAUUUCUGCGUUCUCAGGGCUCUCAGGAUAAAACCAGAGCAGGGAAAAUCAUGCAGGCCACAGGGAAAGCUCUCUGUUUCUCCUCACAGCAAAGGCUGGCACUGCGCACUCCGUUGUGUCGUCUCUACCAAGAGGUAGAGACUUUUCGCUACAGAGCGAUUUCAGACACUUGGCUGACAGUGAACAGGAUGGAACAGUCAAGGACAGAGUACAGGGGUGCACUGCUCUGGAUGAAAGAUGUGUCCCAGGAGUUGGACCCAGACACGUACAAGCAGAUGGAAAAGUUCCGCAAGGUUCAAGCACAGGUGCGUCUCACCAAAACAAGCUUUGACAAACUGAAAAAUGAUGUUUGUCAGAAAGUAGAUCUGUUGGGAGCAAGCCGAUGUAACCUCCUCUCCCACGUCCUGACAACCUAUCAGACCACACUCUUGCACUUCUGGGAGAAAACAUCUCACACCAUGGCUGCUAUACACGAGAGCUUUAAAGGCUGUCAGCUCUAUGAGUUUUCAGCUCUGAAGGGCUUUCAGGACCCCAUGAAUAAAGCCUCUGAUCAGGGGACUAAGAAAAAAGGGAAAAAGAAAUCCAAGGCAAAAGCGGAAGAUGAGGAGGCAUCUGAGACUGUGGAUGACCUACUUAUUUCAGUGAAUGACGAGAAUCACAAUGAAGACCCCAUUCAAGAAGAAGACUUGCUUUCAGCAGCACAGGACAAAGAUGGCAUGACACUGCUGAAUGAGAUUCUCGGCAGCACCUCUUUAGACGACGGGGAUUUUUCCCACGAAUGGCGAGAGGUGUUUGGAGAAGACGAAGCGGCUAACAGCGCCGCUAAAACUAGCCUAACAGAGUUCCAGUUAGAGAAGGAGUCUUCCUUCUUUCUGCCUUCACAACUUCUGGACCAGAAUAUGAAUAGCCUGCAAUCUGCAGUCUCUGGUUGGGCCAUGAGCAUUCCACAGACUGUCUCCCAGGCAACAGAGCCAUUAGUUGGAGCCAAUCAGAACACUUCCAAACCAGCAGUCAGAGAAAUCACAGAGCCCUCAAAGGACCUCUCAGCCUGGUUCAACCUGUUUGCCGAUUUAGAUCCCCUAUCAAACCCGGAUGCAAUUGGAAGACUAGACAAAGAGCAUGAGCUGCUAAACGCGUGA